AUGUCUAACUCUCUUGAGCAGCUCAAGGCCACCGGCACCGUUGUUGUUAGUGACACUGGUGAUUUUGCCUCCAUUGGCAAGUACAAGCCUCAAGAUGCCACGACCAACCCCUCUCUUAUUCUCGCCGCCUCGAAGAAGGCCGAGUACGCUGCCUUGAUCGACAAGGCUGUUACCUACGCCAAGGCCAAGGGCGGUUCCGCCGAUGACCAGGUCGAGCUGGCUCUCGACCGUCUUCUCGUCGAGUUCGGUAGCGAGAUUCUCAAGAUCAUUCCUGGCAAGGUCUCUACCGAGGUUGAUGCUAGCCUUUCCUUCGAUACCAAGGCUUCAGUUGACAAGGCCCUCAAGAUCAUCAAGCUCUACGAGGAGGAGGGCGUUUCCAAGGACCGCAUCCUGAUCAAGGUUGCCUCCACCUGGGAGGGCAUCAAGGCCGCCGAGAUCCUCCAGCGCGACCACGGCAUCAACUGCAACCUUACCCUCAUGUUCUCUCUUGUCCAGGCCAUCGCCGCCGCCGAGGCCAACGCCUACCUCAUCUCUCCCUUCGUUGGCCGUAUCCUUGACUGGUACAAGGCUGCCACCAAGAAGGAGUACACCAAGGAGGAGGACCCCGGUGUCGCCUCCGUCAAGAGCAUUUUCAACUACUACAAGAAGUUCGGCUAUAACACCAUCGUCAUGGGUGCGUCUUUCCGCAACACUGGCGAGAUCACUGAGCUCGCUGGCUGCGACUACUUGACCAUCUCUCCCAACCUCCUUGAGGACCUGGUGAACUCUCAGGAGGCAGUUCCCCAGAAGUUGGAUGCCGCCGGCGCCGCUGCCCUCAACAUCGAGAAGAAGACUUACAUCAACAACGAGGCCACUUUCCGUUUCGACUUCAACGAGGACCAGAUGGCCGUUGAGAAACUCCGAGAGGGUAUCAGCAAGUUCGCUGCUGACGCCAUCGUCCUCAAGGACAUCAUCAAGGCCAAGGUCAGCGCUUAA